CGUUGGAAUAUCGUGUCUGCUUGCCUCGUUCUACUGUUUACAUUUUAAAAACAAAUAUUUAGUAUUAAAGGAUAUGUUACAGUAUGAAAGUUUAAUUCGUUUACAGUAAUAUAAUUUAUCGUGAGAUGGAUCCUCCUUCGCCAUGGAAAACUCCGAAUCAAGUAAUGCAACUUCACAAGUUAAAAAAGCGAAAAAAAGCGUUACAGGAUCGAAUGAAACAGCCCUCAACGUCCAUCGCUGAAGAACCAAAUAAACAACCAAUUAAUUUAGAUUUUUCCAGAAUCUUGAAUGGAGAUAAAAGAAAAAAUCCAUUUUCAAAAAAUAGCUUAGAUCAAAACAAAAAAAUUAAACUGGGCGAUCCUCAAUUUGAUGAAUCAAACGAUAAGACUUUAUUUGCAUUAUUAAAGUUGCCUUCAAAUAUUGUUGAAAAACCUCCUCAAGAAGUUGACUCUGAGAAACUAUCAACAUUUUCAAACCUAUUACAGAAAUUUACAGCUGAUCAUACAGUAGAAACUCAUGUGGUGGAAAAGAAAUACAAACAUUUAACAAUAGACUGGGCAUUAAAAACCAAGCUAAGAUUAAUGUCAGCCAAGCCGUUUCCUUGGACCUCUAAAUUAAAGGCUAGUGAAGAAGCCUCAGGAAUCACAGGCUUUGUACGUUGCCUUGAUACAACUUUGUCAUCUACAUUGGACACGUCACCCAGAGCACGGUUCCAUCAAACCUGCUUAUACUGGCAACAUCCACAUCUCCCAUGGAUAAGCCUCUUCCCGCGUUCCACUGGAAAAGUUGCUGCAACUAAUUUCAUGGCCACUAAUGAAGAAGCAAAGCAGGCGCUAUAUACUGAAUGGACAGAGAGUUUUAGAUCUUUAUUUCAGCUGGUCCGGGCGCUGCACUGCCCGUACUUCUACGUGUGCGCGAACGCGUUCACGUGCGUAUUCCGCGCGGCCGGCGUGUGCGGCGCGGCCGAGCCCUGCGCGCUCAUCGCGCCCACCACGCGCGGCCUGCGACACGCGCUGCGCCAGGAAGAUGUGGAAUUCACGAUGCCUCUCCGACCAGAUCACAAAAGAAAACUCAAUAAUUCAGAAGAAGAACGCAUUAAAAAUACGUCGUUUGACAGCUGCUAUGAUACUAUGGACGAUGCAAAUAACGAGAAAAACUGUUCAGGUGAUGAAGAAGACCCAGACGAGUUUCUCUCGCAGAUGGGCCUAGAAACGGAAGAAAUUAAGAAAAUUAACAACGCGCAGGCGCGCGCGUGCGCGUCGGCCGAGAGCAGCGUGGACAGCGCGGCCGAGUCGCUGGUGUGCGUGCGCGGCGCGGACGCGCAGGCGCUCUUCAACUUCCUGCUCAACUGCAAGUCGGCCGUGAGCCCGGCCGGGCCCUUCGCCGGCGUGCCGCCCACGCUGCUGGCGCCCACCGCCUUCCACGGCGGGACGCUGCAGUCCUUGAAGGUUCGAGAGAAUAUUAUAUACUCAGACAACAAGAAAUACUAUUCUAUAGAACUGAGAGGACCGAUCCUUCCGACGACGGUGCAUUCUCUGUUUAACUUACUCAAGACGAGCACUUCUGCGCAAUUUAGCGCUACAUUCGCUCAUCACAAACCUACAUUGGCAUUUUCAUGGGCAGCAAAAAAAAUGGCAGAAGAUGAGGCUUCAAAUGAAAAUGAUCCAAACCAUUUUACCAAAGCUUUUAAUAAAGAAAACUUAUCAGACUGUGGCAUUAAUGAAGAUAUGUUGCAAUUGUUCUGUUCGUCUGAUCCAAAUUCUGUGAAAUCUUUGGACAGUGUUAAAUAUAAUUCAGAAGACGAUACGUUUACGUGGUAAUCCUUCCGCCUGUUGUAGUACAAUUAUUCUGUGUGUAUUUUAUUAUUCCAAUGUUAAAUCAUGAAGUUAAAGGAAUAUUUUUUGUAUUUCGUUGCUUGUUUAA